AUGAAGUCUGAAGUGAGAUUCCUGCUGAGGAUCUAUGUUACAGCUGUAAAUAAUGACAUCCAUACAGGAACAUGUUUCAUUCCUCUACUGACAUCUGUGUGCAGUUACAACACCUUCCCUUUUCAUGAGGAAGAUUAUGACACACUGGAGGAUAUUCGGAGUGAUUUUCUGAUGGAUCUUUGCUCACAUGUGAAGGACUAUGAGACUUUACUUCCAGCAUUACAGUCAGUUUAUAUACAGUCAUCACCUGAUGUCUGGAUCAUAGAUCUCUCAGAGAGAAAGACCUCCAUCCUCCUGGAAGUGUUGAAGCUCCAAACAGAGAAGAAACCAGUAGAGCUGAGAGGAUGGACAGAUGAAGAGAGUGAAGUGAUGAGUUUCCUUCAGUGUCUGCCCUACAUCUCACAACUGAGAUUGGGCGUUAAUGAUGGAAGCAAAUUUCUGUUGAGACUUUUUAUUAAAGCAGCAGAAACUGAAAGACACACAGGAGAUCAGAUGCUGAAACUGUUGACUUCAGUCUGUUCAUAUUCAUCUUUCCCUUAUGAAGAUAUGAACAACUCCAGAAGUAGUGAUUUUCUGCUGGAUCUUUACUCACAUGUGAAGGUUUAUGAGACUCAAACAGGCAGGAGUUUACUUCCAGCAUUACAGUCAGUUUAUAUACAGUCAUCACCUGAUGUCUGGAUCAUAGAUCUCUCAAAGAGAAAGACCUCCAUCCUCCUGGAAGUGUUGAAGCUCCAAACAGAGAAGAAACCAGUAGAGCUGACAGGAUGGACAGAUGAAGAGAGUGAAGUGAUGAGUUUCCUUCAGUGUCUGCCCUACAUCUCACAACUGAGUGGUGGGGAGCGCUGUGUGUUGAGUCUUUUUAAACUGGCCGAGUUCAGACAGAAUCCAGAGCUGGUGAACUCACUGUUACAGGCUCUGGACUUUAACCUCAGUCUCGAGGGAAUAUUACCCAGCAGCACUUGCAGGUUCACUUGCGGAGUCUUACACCUGUCAGCUGACAAACUCACUUUAACUGUGAGACCUCAGGCCAUCUCUCUCAGAGGAACAAGACUUCUCUUCAGACACAUCACAAACAUACAAACACUCAGGCUGAGUGGUUAUAUGGUGGUGAGAACUGUGCGUGCUUUGAGGUCUUCAAGAGUUCCUGUCAUUGUAAAUGAACUCUCAGUUGAUCUGAAUGAUAAACGGCGGUCAGACAGCGAGAUGUCCAGAGUUCUGAGCAGUUUGGCUUCUCUUCUGAGACUCUGGACUGUCCAGUGUUUGAACUUGAGCGACUGCAGGAUGAAGUCUCUCUCUUUGAUUCUCCUUCUGUCUCAGCAGAGCCCAGUGACUCUCAGACUGUCAAAAGAAAAUCUCCAAUCGCUGACUGAAUGUGUGUAUGAAGCUCAAGAAGAGGAUUUGACUUUGUGUUUCCUGGAGAAAGUGGGAGGAGAUCUCUCUUCCUGUUCCUUGAGUUGGGAAAAACUUCACUAUUUCCUUCAGUGUGAAAUUCCAUCCAUCACUGUGGAUUAUAAAGUCAGAGACAUGUCACUCAACAUCAGAGACAUUCUGCCAUUUCUGAAUAGGACUCACUUUCAGCGGAUGAGCUCCACCAUGAUGAUGUCUUUAAUGAGAGAGAUCUAUGAGUCCAGAUCUUCAGGGUUUGUGUCCGGUCUGUUGAGUUCAGUGAAGAACUGCAUUAACCUGCAGAACAGAGCGCUGGACUCUGUCCACUGUGCAGCUCUGCGCUUUAUACUGCAACACUGCACUGCAGUUACACUCGACAUGCUGUGGACCUCCAUACCAGAGGAGGAGCUAAAGAGCUUUCUGCCUCUCCUCAGUCGUGUCUCCUGCCUCAGGGUUGACAGAGUGCUGUUACUGAGAAUGCUUCACUGCAGUUCCUCUGAUGUCCAGCAGGAGGAGUCAGCGGUUCUGCUCUCUGCCCUGCAGCACAAGCUGGACUUCUCCUGUUGUUCUGCACUGGACCUGACAGAAGACACCCCCACACAGACUCUACAACUGACUACUGAGGACUGUCAUGUGAUGUCUACAGUCAUUCAGAGAGUUUAUAGAGAUACACACACCCUCACACAGCUGAAUCUACACGACUGUCAGAUGAAUACAGCUGGAAUAGAUCAACUCUUCACAGUCUUACACUCUGUUAAACUCCAGUGUGGUAAAUCAAUGCUGCUUCAGUUUCUCUCUCAUGUGGAUGAUGGGAAAGCUGAAUGUCUUUCUCGGGCUCUGGGUGAAGAAGUGGAUCUCAGUCAGACUCAUCUGGACCUGCAGGUCUGUAGAGGACUUGCUCUGGUUCUGGAACAUUCUGAAGGUCUAACAGAACUGGAUCUCAGUCAGUGUCAUCUAACUGAUCAGAGUUUGGAUGUCCUGCUGCCAAACCUCCACAAAGCACAAAACAUUGAUUUUAGUGGCAAUAGCAUCACUGACACCGGAGCACUGAAAAUCUACAGUAUCGUCUCUCAUGACAGUAACAUAAAGACAGUGAGGCUUUUCAACAACAGAAUUGAAUCCAGAAAGCUUUUCCUCAAAGACCGACGGUUUGAAAUCUGGUGAUGCAAAAAAGCUUUUUUGGGAGUAAAGGACCAGUUAAUAGAACCUGUAGUGAUCUUCAACGUUGUGGCUGAUGUUCUGUCAAGCUCCUGAAAUUCGCAGAUGAGACUGCCAUCAUCGACCUCAUCCACAAUGGUGACGAGUCUGCUUACAGACAGGAGGUUGCAGAGAUGGCUGUUUGCUGCCAAACCUCAAGAUCUUUACACCUCCAGAAAGAGAAAAAGGGCGAAGAAAAUCAUUUGUGACUCCACUCACCAAUCUCACUCCGUCUUCAAACUGUUGCCAUCUGGUCGGCGCUACAGAGCACUGAUCACCAGAACAGCCAGACACAAGAACAGUUUAUUCCCGCAGGCCUGAACAAUUAAAAGCUCUUACUACACACUGUCCAUCACAUUGUACACUUACACAUAGCAUCUGGAAACUGUACAUUGUAAAAAACAAUAUAUUAAACCUGAAAAUAAGACACUGUACACUCUUUUAAAAAAUAUUUGUUGUCUAUAUUUUUUACGUUUUGUACAUAGUACAUUAUUUUCUUCAUCUAAUUUCCAUUUUUUUCUAUCUUACUGUAUAUUUGAACAAUGUGUAAACUUUCAUCUGCAAUAAGCUCCUGUUGUCAAGUCAAACUCCUUGUGUUUGUUUAAACAUAAAUGACUAUAAAGCUCCUUCUUCUGGACAUCAUUUUAGUAUAUGAAUUGGGUAUUAUAUAUGAGACUUCUUAAUAGUUUUUUUGGAAAAGCAAUUUCCUAAUAUAGUUUUACCUCAGAUAUACUGAAAGAUAUGUGGCAUAGCCUAUAUGUUGACCCUAUAUG